CGCGAAGUUUAAAGACUCAAAAGGAAAGAAGAAAGAGGAAAGUUGAAACAACCAACCAAAGUCCAUCUAUGGCCUGGACAAGAUUUUGUUUCAAGGGAAAGUGGUUCUCACGAAAUCCCAGAGGCUUCUGAAUCUCAUUCACCAAUGGAUGUUUCACCAUAUCAGGAAACAUUGUCUGAUACUCAAUUUUCAAGGGAAACUUCUGUGGCAUCAGAGGAGUCCUUCAGUCUUGACAACCAGUGUCCAUCAACUGAUUCACAACCGUCUGCUUUAAAUGAUGCCAUAGAUGAAGAUUUGGUUGUUGCAACACAACAAAUGGAUAUAAAUGAAGAGUAUGUGCAAUUCAGAGAACCGGAGAAGGAAGGCUCUGGUUACUGUUCUGAUAAAGGUAUUGGUGCUGAAAAUCCUCCAGAAGAUUCCAUAUCAUGGGCUGAAACAGAAAGCUUUAAAUCUGCAAAUGAGGAAAUAGACUUUAUCAGUGAUAUUGUGGUUGCUUCAGCAGAAAAUGGAGCCAAUUCUAGUACAAAUAUUGAGAGACAAGGUAGUGAUGUCAGGAUUCAAUUUGGUUCUCCUGCAAGUUCUGAGGAUAUAGGUAGUUCUGGUUUCACCUUUGCUGCUGCUUCUGCUGCUCAACCAUCAUCAAAACGUCAGCAUAGAAAGAAGAAUAGUGUUAACGUUGGUCGCGAUUCCUAUAAUUGCAGCCCAAAUGCAAAAGUUUCAUAUCCAUCAUUAUCUUCAGAGUUUACUCCAUUCUCUGGUGCUUCAUUGCCUUUGUCCCCUACUCUGGGCAAGAAAGUAAGUAUAUCCACUCCGUUCCACAUGAUUGGAGAUAACUCUGAGGGGCUUGGACAACAGGAGGUGAAGCAGGAAUUUGAUUUGAUUUCUGCUGCAUCUGUUGCAGCUCAGGAAGCAUGUGAAAUGUGGCGAUUAAGAGGAAACCAAGGAUAUACAUGUGGAGAUUUGUCUAAAGCAGAGGAUUGUUACACACAAGGGAUAAAUUGUGUUUCUAAAAGUGAGACAUCUAGAAGCUGUCUCAGGGCAUUGAUGUUGUGCUAUAGCAACCGUGCAGCAACACGAAUGUCUCUUGGAAGAAAGGAUGCACUUAGAGAUUGUAAAAUGGCUGCUGAAAUUGAUCCCAAUUUUCUAAGGGUGCAAGUUAGAGCUGCAAAUUGUUACCUGGCCCUGGGGGAAGUUGAAAAUGCAUCAGAGUGUUUCAAGAAGUGCUUGCAGUCAGGAAGUGACAUCUGUGUGGACCGAAAAAUUGCAGUUGCAGCCUCUGAGGGACUACAAAACUGGCAGAAAGUGUCUGAGUGCUUGCAACGUUCUGCUGAACUUUUGCGAAGGAAAACUUCCUGCGAUGCAGGGAGUGCUUUGGAACUAAUUUUAGAGGCUUCAACUAUAAGUCCAUUCUCAGAAAAAUUUCUUGAAAUGAAAGCAACAUCCCUUUUCCUGCUGCGCAAUUAUGAUGAAGUAAUUCAGCUAUGUGAGCAGACUUUUGAUUCUGCUGAACAGAAUUCUCCCCUAAUAGAUGCUGAUUGCCAAUCAGCUGAUCUGGAUAGUAGUGAACUUCUGAAGAACUUCUCCUUUUCUUUCUGGCGAAGCCACCUGAUGUUCAAAUCCUACUUCUAUCUUGGAAAGCUGGAAGAGGCUAUUGGUUCACUAGAAAAGCAAGGGGAACUGAUUGCAAAAUGUGGUUUGUCCAGGAAUUAUAGCAAGAUGAUGGAAUCAUUAAUACCCUUAGGUGCCACUGUACGAAAACUCUUACGCCAUAAGGCUGCAGGAAAUGAAGCAUUUCAAGCAGGAAAGCAUUCAGAAGCCAUUGAGCAUUACACUGCUGCCCUGUCAUGCAAUGUAGAGUCACGUCCUUUUGCAGCUAUUUGUUUCUGCAAUCGAGCUGCUGCUUACAAGGCAUUGGGCCAAAUUAUUGAUGCCAUUGCGGACUGCAGCUUAGCAAUAGCUCUUGAUGGAAAUUAUCUGAAGGCAAUUUCUAGAAGAUCAACUUUAUAUGAGAUGAUUAGGGAUUAUGGACAAGCAGCUAGUGAUCUUCAUAGACUUGUAGCUCUUCUCACUAAGCAAGUAGAGGAGAAGACCAAGCAGUUUGGAUCAUCUGAUAGAAUAGGAAACUUGGCAAAUGAUCUAAGACAAGCCAUGCGUCUUUCCACAAUUGAAGAAGAAUCCAGCAAGGAGAUUCCUCUGGAUAUGUACCUCAUUUUGGGAGUUGAACCUUCUGCUUCAGCGUUGGAAAUUAAGAAGGCAUACCGGAAAGCUGCACUUAGGCACCAUCCUGACAAGGCUGGUCAGUCCUUGGCAAGAAGUGAGAAUGGAGAUGAUGGGCUUUGGAAGGAGAUAGGAGAAGAAAUCCACAAGCAUGCGGACAGACUUUUUAAAAUGAUUGGGGAGGCAUAUGCAGUACUUUCGGAUCCUACUAAGCGUUCACAGUAUGAUCUUGAAGAAGAGCGGAUGAAUGCCGGAAAGAAACAUAAUGGAAGAAGCACAUAUAGUACAUACACAGAUGUACAGAACUAUCAGUUUGAAAGAAGUGGCACUAGGAGACAAUGGCGAGAGGUUUGGAGAUCAUAUGGCAGGUAGCACACCAAUGGACGGGCCAGCCACUUGGUCAAAGAGAUCUUGAUAACAAUCAUUUGUGCUUGCUUGAUAAGAAUCUCCAGAUUUCAGAGUAACUGUUGUGUGUGCUACAGCUACGCAUGGUAAGAAUUUUGAGAUUUCUGAUGAAAGUUAAUCAGUUGAUGGGUUUGAUUGAUUAGCUGCAGUCUUUAUGUAACUUCAAUUGAGAGGGCUCAAGAUGGGAAGUUGCUUCGGCUACUUUGAGAAUUGAUCACUUAACACGCAGCAGGAGGAUGGUUAAAAGCUUUGGUGAAAAUUGUGGUUUUCUCACCCAAAACACCAGAAAGUGCGGGGAAAGAAACUGGCUCCUAUUGGGAUUUUUGACAGACGAUUGUAAACUUGUGGGGAAGUUUGUGAAUUUGAAGACUAGAGCGGAAAAAGGAAAAGAAAAGAAAAGGUAAAUUGCUUCUUGUUUUUUUUAACCAUAUAUGAGAAAGAAAGUUAUUACUAACUAUUUGAGGUGUGUAAAUGUACUGGAAACUUGUACAGAUGAAAUGUUAACAACGCAAUCAAAGAAAUCACCAGAUUUUGUUAA